CCGAAGCGGCCGUGGUGAAGCGCCUGGGCUCGGUCGAAACCGCCGAGUCGGCUCCUCGCCUAGUAGCCGUCGCCGCAGAGCGGCCGUCUGUUGUCUUUCUCCGCGGCGAAGGUGCAGAGCUGCUCCGGCUCGGCCCGCGGGGGAGCCCCGGGAGCCGCACGUGUCCUGGGUCAUGAAACUUAAUCCACAACAAGCUCCAUUAUAUGGUGAUUGUGUUGUUACAGUACUGCUUGCUGAAGAGGACAAAGUUGAAGAUGAUGUAGUUUUUUACGUGGUAUUUUCGGGUUCUACCCUCCAUCACUGUACAAGUACCCGGAAGGUCAGUUCUGAUACUUUGGAGACCAUUGCUCCUGGUCAUGACUGCUGUGAGACAGUGAAGGUGCUGCUGUGUGCUUCCAAAGAGGGCCUGCCUGUGUUUGUGGUAGCUGAAGAAGACUUCCAUUUUGUCCAGGAUGAGGCAUAUGACGCAGCUCAAUUUCUGGCAACCAGUGCUGGAAAUCAGCAGGCUCUGAACUUCACUCGUUUUCUUGACCGGUCAGGACCCCCAUCUGGGGAUGUGAAUUCCCUUGAUGAGAAGGUUGCACUGGCAUUCAGACACUUGAAGCUGCCAGCAGAGUGGAAUGUUUUGGGGACAGAUCAGACUUUGCAUGAUGGUGGCCCCCGGGAGACAUUGAUGCAUUUUGCUGUGCGGCUGGGACUGCUGCGGUUGACAUGGUUCCUGUUGCAGAAGCCGGGUGGCCGCGGAGCUCUCAGCAUCCACAACCAGGAAGGGGCAACACCUGUGAGCUUGGCCUUGGAGAGAGGUUAUCACCAGCUACACCAGCUUCUAACUGAGGAGAAUGCUAGAGAGCCAGACUCCUGGAGCAGUUUAUCCUAUGAAAUCCCUUAUGGAGAUUGUUCUGUGAGGCAUCAUCGAGAAUUGGACAUCUAUACAUUGACCUCUGAGUCUGAAUCACAUCAUGAACCUCCGUUUCCUGGAGACACUUGCUCUGGACAUAUUUUUAAACUUAUGAAUAUCCAACAGCAACUGAUGAAAACAAACCUCAAGCAGAUGGACAAUCUUACGCCCUUAAUGAUGACAGCACAGGAUCCUUCCAGUGUGCCCAGUGCCCCAGAGACAGAUGGCCAGUUUCUUCUCUGUUCACCUGAGUCCUCCAAUAGCCAGCAGCUUUCUCCUCCUCCUAAAGAGACUGUGAGCACUGUGUGCUGCCAGGGGAGCCCUGUUGGACCGAUUGAGAAUUCCUGUGAUUUUUCAAGUGUAGUUGAGGAAGAGAAGACAGACCGAUCUGACAGUAAAAAAAAUAAAGGCGUGGCGAGAAAAGGGGAAGAGGUGGAGCCAGAACCUAUUAUGGACUCUGGAACUGUGUCCAAUCAAGACAGCUGCAUUCAGAGCAUGCCUGACUGUAGAGUAAAGGGCACAGCUGGCCUGCUAUCCUGUGGAAACCAAAAUGAAGAAACUGGAAGAAUGUCUUGUAGAAUGGGCACAGACGAGGAGUCUUUGAGCAUUGGAGGCAGUGUGCUGCAGGGAGAUGUGGUCACAGAGUUCGGCACAGCCCAGCAUUUCUCAGGGGGUGAACUAGCAGACAGUUCAACAGCAGAAAGCAGCGCCUCACAAGGUGCAGGGGAAGUGGAACAUAGCCUCAUGAACAUAGCUGCUGCCACCCAGAAUAAUAUGCCUCAAGCAGUAGAAAGUACACAGGAAAGAUUUGAGAAGUCAAAUAUCAGCACAACUGGAGCCGCUGACAUACCAGUCAUAAGUGAGCCUGUGGAUAAAAUCAGUGUUCCAAACUGUGUCUUUGCCACAAGUGCCCCGAGUAGUGACAGACCUGCUGAGUCUUCAUUUGGAUUUAGUCUUGGAGAAACCCCCAUUGAAAAAACAGCAGAAACUGAAACUUCUGGAAGUUGUGAGGAAAGUGCUGAUGCUCUAGAUCAGAAUUCUCUGAUAAUCCCAACUGCUACAAAUAACAAGAUUUUAGAUGAAUUAGAGCCUAGCACUUCCUUAGCAGACAGAUGUGAAGCAGUGUUACCUUUGGAUUUACUCUUUUCUGAGAUAGAAAAAGAUGUAAUGCCAAACCAGGGAUCAGAAAUGAAUUCAUCUCAUACUCAAAGCCAAAACAGAAAAUUACUGGCUUAUUGUGCCAAUGGAGAUGAUAAACUCUGCUCUGACUCGGAAUGUCAACAGAACACAGUGACUUCUAGUGGUGAAGUGAUUGCAAAACAUUGCAAUGACUUGGUCAGCCAACCUGAAAACACCAUGAAAGGGCAACCCAAAACACAAGACCCAUCCACUGCCAUCUGCCUUGAAGACCAACAAGUGAAUACAAUCACUUCAGAAUGUGUAGAUUUGUGUCCUCUCAAAGUUUUGAAUAAAAAAGGUCAGGGAAAAGAUUCAAAACUAGUUACGCUUUUAACAAGUGUUCUUGAGGUAGUUUCACCUCUGUAUCCAAUUGUGCCUAAAACUGAGAAAGAACUGGUUCCAGACCAGGCGGUGCCAUCUGACAGCACUUUCUCUCUGGCAGCCAGUCCAGGCAGUGAAUCAGUAACCAAAGAUGACGCACUUUCUCUUGUCCCCUCCCAGAAAGAAAAGGGAACAGCAACUCCUGAACUACACAGGGCUUCAGCUUGUAGAGAUGGCCUGGCUGGAGGAGAUUUAUAUGAUCCUGCUGAACAGUUGCCAGGAGACAGGGCAAUAGGCCUGUCCUUGCCCUUGGCUGCUGUGGAGCUUCAGCUAAGCAUGGGGAAUACCAGCCCCGGAAGACAUGGUGGGGAGCUUGAAGGUCCUGGCCCCUCAUCAGCUCCUGAAGUUCUGACUAACUCUUCUCUACUGAGUGUGGGUAAGGCCACUUUGACUUCUAAUUCAGUUUUCAUUGAAGAAGGCAAAAAUCUGGUGGUUACAGAAAGCUCUAUAGUGCAGAGACAAGAUGACAAGGACAGAGCAGUGCCUUGUUCCUCCAUUAAGGGAGACAUGCUUUCUUCAGGAACAUUUCAGGAAGAGCAGAGAACACUACCUCCCGGACAAGAGACUCCAAAAUUCUGUGAAAAACCUACGUUGGUGGCCUGUGCUGAGGACAAAGCACUUCAGCCCAGCCAUUCACUGGGCACACCCUCUGCUUGUCUUAAGACAGAAACUAAACAUAACAAGGAAGUGGCCCCACAAGUCUCCCUGCUGACUGAAGGUGGGGCUGCACAGAGCCUGGUGCCACCAGGAGCAAAUCUGGCUACAGACUCAAGGCAGGAAGCCUUGAAUGCAGAACAGAACAGCUCACCUCUGUUGUCUGGUUUGCUGCCAGAUGAAUCUGAGGCUCUUGACUGCAAUCCACCUUUUGCUCUGGAUGUGGGAGUUGAUAAUACUGAAUCCCAGGGAAAAACCACUGUUCAUGAGUUGAGUGGAAAUGUGAUGGUGGAUGUUGCAAUGGUUAAUGCUCUCCGAGGUACUGCUAGGCCCAGAAGAAAGGAUACAUCACCCAACAUCCAAAACAUCCCAAUUUCAGAAGUUUUAUUGAGCCAGGAGAAGAAUGUGAUCCAGAGUUUGCCAGGAGAUUUACCAAACAAAGGUAUGACUGGACUACAGGGAACUGCAAACCCGGGGAUGGUACCUCCUGAUUGGAAGACAGGGAAGCAGGAGAGAGCAGACCACGGCUAUUCUAUGGGUGACUCUGAAGAGUCACAAGUGGAUGAUGGAGCACUGCAGCUUAUUGCUAAGGAGCUCCCCACACAGACAGGGCUCUCAGCUCUCGAUGACAAGGCUCCCACUGGCAUGAGAGAAGUCACACAAAUCUUGGCUCCAGGCAGGGAAAGGAGUGAUCGCAUGGUCUCUGUUGAAGCUGCACAUGUGCCUGAGGGAGCAGACUUGCUAGAGGUGACUGCCUGCCGUAUAGUGGAAGCUGUCAUUGAAGGAGUCAAAGCCUCAGGAGUGCUGAUUCCUGAGGGGAAAAUCAGUCAGUUAUCACCAUCUGGUCCUGAUCUGGGCCCUAGGACAGAACAGCUGACUGGGAACCCUUCAGGAUGUUUUGCUGGAAGGGAGGAGCCAGAGAUUGGUCAGCCCGAGCUGGCAACAGAAAUGCCAGACAGGAAAGCUGAAGAUGAAGUGGAUUUUCUAAGACAGACCAGAGCUAGUUCAGUGUCUGAAGAGGUGGCUGUAGGGAAUGGAGCUACCACACGUAGGAUGAAACAAGGCCCAAAGACCCAGGCGAUAAACCGAGAAAGCUGGUGUACAAUAGAACCAUGCCCAGGGGCAGCAUCUCUUUUGGCUUCCCAGCAGAGCCCAGGAUGUGAGAACAUUUUGGAUGUUGCAUUGAGCAGAGAGUGUAGCUCAAAACAAGAUGUACUUCAGAGAGAAUCUGGGAGUGAUUCUGACCUCUUUCAUUCACCCAGUGAUGAAAUGGACAGCAUCAUCUUCUCAAAGCCCGAGGAAGAGCAGUUGGUCUGUGAUAUUACAAGAUCUGGUUCUUCUACUGAUGACACAGCUUCUCUGGAUCGACAUUCUUCUCGCGGCAGUGAUGUGUCCCUCCCUCAGAUUUCAAAGUUGAAGAGAUCUAGAGACCAGCAAAGCCAUGAUGGCUUCUACAGCCAUGGGGUGGGAGCUGAGGGUCCAGAAGGUGAGAGUGAACCUGCUGGCUCUGGGGAAAUAGAAGAAGAGGAGAUGGACAGCAUCACUGAAGUACCUGCAAACUGCUCUGUCCUGAGGAACUCCAUGCGUUCUUUGUCCCCUUUCCGGAGACACAGCUGGGGUCCUGGAAAGAAUGCAGCCAGUGAUACAGAAAUGAACCACCGGAGUUCAAUGCGAGUUCUUGGGGAUGUUGUCAGGAGACCUCCCAUUCAUAGGAGAAGUUUCAGUCUGGAAGGCUUGACAGGAGGAACUGGUGUUGGAAACAAUCCAUCUUCAUCUCUAGAAGUAAACUCUGCAGACUCAAAAGAACUCAGACACUCUUUCAGUGGGGAGGAACGGGGUGACUCUUUGGUGUCACUUUCAGAAGAGGAUCUGGAGUCAGACCAGAGAGAACAUAGGCAGUUUGAUCAGCAGACAUGUCACAGACCUAAGCAACGGGGAUUUAAUUAUUGCACAUCAGCCAUUUCUUCUCCAUUGACAAAAUCCAUCUCCUUAAUGACAAUCAGCCAUCCUGGAUUGGACAAUUCACGGCCUUUCCACAGCACCAGUGCUAAUCUGACUGAGAGUAUAACUGAAGAAAACUAUAACUUCCUGCCACAAAGCCCCUCCAAGAAAGAUUUUGAAGGGAAAAGUGGAACAAAAGUCAGUCGUACAUUCAGCUACAUCAGGAAUAAAAUGUCCAGCAGUAAGAAGAGCAAGGAAAAGGAAAAAGAGAAAGAUAAAAUUAAAGAGAAGGAGAAAGAUUCUAAAGAAAAGGAGAAAGACAAGAAGACUCUCAAUGGACACACUUUCAGUUCCAUUCCUGUUGUGGGUCCCAUCAACUGUAGCCAGUGUAUGAAGCCUUUCACCAACAGAGACGCCUACACUUGUGCAAAUUGCAGUGCCUUUGUCCACAAAGGCUGCAGAGAAAGUCUGGCCUCCUGUGCAAAGGUCAAAAUGAAACAGCCCAAAGGGAACCUUCAGGCCCAUGACACGUCUUCACUCCCCACGGUCAUCAUGAGAAACAAGCCCUCACAGCCCAAGGAGCGCCCUCGAUCCGCAGUCCUUCUGGCUGAUGAAACCACUGCUGCCCCAAUGUUUGCUAAUAGACGGUCCCAGCAGAGUGUCUCGCUCUCCAAAAGUGUCUCCAUUCAGAACAUUACUGGAGUUGGCAAUGAUGAGAGCAUGUCCAACACCUGGAAAUUCCUGUCUCAUUCAACAGACUCACUGAAUAAGAUCAGCAAGGUCAAUGAGUCAACAGAAUCACUUACUGAUGAGGGUACAGACAUGAAUGAAGGACAGCUAAUGGGAGACUUUGAGAUUGAUUCCAAACAGCUAGAAGCAGAGUCUUGGAGUCGGAUAGUGGAUGGCAAGUUUCUGAAACAGCAAAAGAAAGAUGUGGUCAAACGGCAAGAAGUGAUUUAUGAGUUAAUGCAGACAGAGUUCCAUCACAUCCGAACUCUCAAGAUCAUGAGUGAUGUGUACAGUCGGGGGAUGAUGACAGAUCUGCUCUUUGAGCAGCAGAUGGUGGAAAAGCUGUUUCCCUGUUUGGAUGAGCUGAUUGGUAUCCAUAGCCAGUUCUUUCAGAGGAUUCUGGAGCGGAAGAAGGAGUCUGUGGUGGAUAAAAGUGAAAAGAACUUUCUUAUCAAGAGGAUAGGGGAUGUGCUUGUAAAUCAGUUUUCGGGUGAGAAUGCAGAACGCUUAAAGAAGACAUAUGGCAAGUUUUGUGGGCAACACAACCAAUCCGUAAACUACUUCAAAGAUCUUUAUACAAAGGAUAAGCGUUUUCAGGCCUUUGUAAAGAAGAAGAUGAGCAGCUCAGUGGUAAGGAGACUUGGGAUCCCAGAGUGCAUAUUACUUGUAACCCAGCGGAUCACUAAGUACCCAGUUUUGUUCCAAAGAAUAUUGCAAUGUACCAAAGACAACGAAGCAGAGCAAGAAGACCUAACUCAGUCCUUGAACCUGGUGAAGGAUGUAAUUGGAGCUGUAGACAGCAAAGUGGCAAGUUAUGAAAAGAAAGUGCGUCUCAAUGAGAUUUAUACAAAGACAGAUAGCAAGUCAAUCAUGAGGAUGAAGAGUGGUCAGAUGUUUGCCAAGGAGGAUUUGAAGCGGAAGAAGCUGGUAAGAGAUGGAAGCGUGUUUCUGAAGAGUGCUGCUGGAAGGUUGAAAGAGGUCCAAGCAGUUCUUCUCACUGACAUUUUAGUUUUCCUUCAAGAAAAAGACCAGAAGUACAUCUUUGCAUCAUUGGACCAGAAAUCAACAGUGAUCUCUUUAAAGAAGCUGAUCGUAAGAGAAGUGGCACAUGAGGAGAAAGGUCUAUUCCUGAUCAGUAUGGGAAUAAAAGAUCCAGAGAUGGUAGAGGUCCAUGCCAGCUCCAAAGAGGAACGAAACAGCUGGAUUCAGAUCAUUCAGGACACAAUCAAUACACUGAACAGAGAUGAAGAUGAAGGAAUUCCUAGUGAGAAUGAGGAAGAAAAGAAAGUGCUGGAUACCAAAGCCCGGGAGUUAAAAGAACAACUUCAGCAGAAGGACCAACAGAUCCUCCUCUUAUUGGAAGAAAAGGAGAUGAUUUUCCGGGACAUGACUGAGUGCAGCACUCCCUUGCCAGAGGAUUGCUCCCCAACUCAAAGCCCUAGAACUCUCUUCCGCUCGAACACAGAGGAGGCUCUCAAAGGUGGACCUUUAAUGAAAAGUGCAAUAAAUGAGGUGGAGAUCCUUCAGGGUUUGGUGAGUGGAAGCCUGGGAGGUGUACUUGGGCAAGCCAUCAGCAGCCCUGUUGAGCAAGAAGUCAUGGCUGGCCCUAUUUCUCUGCCCCGGAGAGCGGAGACCUUUGGAGGGUUUGACAGCCAUCAGAUGAGUGCUUCCAAAGGAGGUGAGAAGGAAGAAGGAGAUGAUGGGCAAGAUCUUAGGAGAACAGAAUCAGAUAGUGGUCUGAAAAAGGGUGGAAAUGCUAACCUGGUAUUUAUGCUUAAAAGAAACAGUGAGCAGGUUGUCCAGAGCAUUGUUCAUCUCCAUGAACUCCUCAGCACUCUGCAGGGUGUGGUGUUACAGCAAGACACCUACAUUGAGGACCAGAAGCUGGUGCUGAACGAGAGAGCACUCACUAGGAGCUCAUCCCGCCCCAGCUCCCUUAUCGAGCAGGAGAAGCAGCGCAGCCUGGAGAAGCAGCGCCAGGACCUGGCUAAUCUCCAGAAGCAGCAGGCACAGCACCUGGAGGAGAAGCGCAGAAGGGAGCGUGAGUGGGAGGCCCGGGAAAGAGAACUGCGGGAGCGAGAGGCUCGACUGGCUGAGCGCGAAGAGAAGGUGCAGCGCGGGCAGCAGGACUUGGAGAAGGACCAAGAGGAGCUCCAGCAAAAGAAGGGAACAUACCAGUGUGACCUGGAGAGGUUGCGUGCUGCCCAGAAACAGCUGGAGAGAGAACAAGAGCAACUGCGGCGGGAUGCGGAACGGCUCAGCCAGAGGCAGAUGGAACGGGACUUCUGUCAGGUUUCACAUCAGCACACCAAGCUGAUGAGGAUCCCAUCCUUCUUUCCCAAUCCUGAGGAGUCCUCACUGCCAUCUGCACCUUCAGUAACCAAAACAGGGUCAUUGGACUCAGAACUUUCAGUGUCCCCCAAAAGGAACAGCAUCUCUCGGACACACAAAGAUAAGGGGCCCUUUCACAUACUGAGUUCAACCAGCCAGACAAACAGACUACCCGAGGGACAGAGCCAGGCCCCAUCGUGCACCUCCACCCGCCUGUUUGGGUUAGCUAAGCCAAAGGAAAAGAAGGAGAAAAAAAAGAAGAACAAAGGAAGCCGCUCCCAGCCUGGUGAUGGUCCGGCUUCAGAAGUAUCAACGGAAGGUGAAGAGAUCUUCUGCUGACCUUAUCCUCUCUGCCGAGGCAGCUGCCUGCUGACUGGCUGUGGUGCCCAGCACCGCCUCUCCUGUUGCCCCAGCGUGCUCAAGUCCCUUACGCUGGAUGUCUACAACUUUUCAGCAUCCAGUCUUCCUGGUCUUCCCCAGGUCCUGGACAAGAACAGAUUGUCUGAAUGUCAGGGUGGGGAAGGAAACCCAGAUUCCACUUCAUCCAUUAUCUGUGACUGCCCAGGCUCACGGGUAGGGCUGGCCCUACUCAGGUUGUUACACCGAAAACAGUGGCCCCAGAAGUACAGGCAAUGGUUUGGGACAUGUCAGGAAUUCCUAACAGCUUGAAAGAGUGUUUCCAAAUGAGCUCUGAAACUCUGCCUUUUAUUUUGGGGAACAAAACCAAAAUCAAAAAACAAACUGACCAGAUGGCACAUGGUUAUUCAGUACUUCAUCCUGUUAUCCUAAUAGAUGGAGUUCCCUUUAAACCACCCAGUGCACACAUCACCCCGUUUUUGCAUGUAUUUCUCAUUUUAUUUUGGAAGGGAUAACAAGCAUUUGUGAAACCAGUUAGAGAAGACUUGACAUGUAUAAAAGGUACCUGAUCUGUACCACCUUUAUCUCAUUGCCCCAGACUUAAAAAAAAAAAAAAAAAAA